AGCUAAGAGGAAGGUAUGAGAGGGCUGCUUAUAAAGCGAGGAUCAGCAGGCAGAGGAGCAGAAGUCGGAGCUUCAGGGUUAAAGAAGAGCCCUUCUGAGAGCGGGCUGAGUCGUAGGAGCCUCGUAGGCUGCUGUCUCGCUUAGUCCUCUGGGGAGCUGGGCCGGGAGCCGAACUCGCCAAGACAGGCAUGGGGUGUCUCGAGAAGCCCGGCAUGUUGCAAGAGGCGAAGCCGGAGCUGGUGGAAGCAGAGACCCCUAACGGGUCUGUCCCGGCACUGGCGCCGGAGGUCCGCCUGACCUGGCGUCGGUGGGUGAUCGUCUUGCUCUUCAGCUCCUACUCCUUCUGCAACGCGUUCCAGUGGAUCCAGUACGGCAGCAUCAACUUGAUCUUUGCCAGGUUUUACGGCGUGACUCCUUUCGCUAUCGACUGGCUCUCCAUGUGCUACAUGAUCGUCUACAUCCCCCUCCUGUUCCCUGUAGCCUGGCUGCUCGACCUGAAGGGGCUGCGGCUCAUCGCUCUGGCCGGGUCCGCCCUCAAUUGCUUGGGAGCCUGGGUGAAGACGGGGAGCACGAAACCCUCUCUCUUCCCAGUCACGAUCCUGGGCCAGAUCAUCUGUUCCCUGGCGCAAGUCUUCAUCCUGGGCAUGCCAUCCCGCAUCGCUUCCGUCUGGUUUGGCCCCCGGGAGGUCUCCAGCGCCUGUUCCAUCGCUGUCUUCGGUAAUCAGCUUGGCAUUGCAGUUGGUUUCCUCCUCCCCCCAGUUCUGGUUCCCAACUUGGAAGAGAAGGAGAAGCUGGCUCACCAUAUUGGCAGCAUGUUUUUUAUCACAGCCGGUGUGGCAACAAUACUUUUCAUCUUAGUUGCCCUGGUGUUCCAGGAAAAGCCUCCAUAUCCUCCAAGCCGGGCCCAGGCUGCAAUCCAGUCAGCAGCUCCAGAGGAAUAUUCCUAUCUGAAAUCUAUCUUCCGGCUAUUUUCUAAUGUUAACUUCGUGCUAUUGAUAGUCACUUAUGGCUUAAACACAGGUUGCUUCUAUGCCCUCUCAACCUUGCUAAAUCGUAUGGUAAUGAAGCAUUAUCCAGGAGAGGAUCUGAAUGCUGGCCGAAUUGGUCUCACCAUUAUAGUGUGCGGCAUGGUUGGAGCUUUGAUCUCUGGCAUCUGGUUGGACAGAACCAAAACUUAUAAACAGACAACACUGUUGGUUUACAUCAUGUCAUUUGUGGGCCUGAUUGUUUAUACUUUUACCCUGGAUCUAGGCCAUAUCUGGGUGGUCUUCGUGACUGCAGGUGUGCUAGGCUUUUUCAUGACGGGUUACCUACCUCUGGGCUUUGAAUUUGCAGCAGAAUUAACAUAUCCAGAAUCCGAAGGAACAUCAUCAGGCCUUCUUAAUGUUUCUGCACAGGUUUUUGGAAUAAUUUUUACCAUUAGCCAAGGACAGAUCAUUGAUAACUUUGGGACUAAAGCGGGGAACCUCUUCCUUUGCAUCUUCCUGUUCAUUGGCACUAUUAUCACUGCUUUCAUCAAACCCGAUCUCCGAAGACAACAGGCCAAUCUGGAUAAUGAACAAACUAGACUUCAAAGCAGUAACGCUCAGCUAAUGAAUUAUGGACCUAGUACCUUAUCCCCAUCAUUUCCCAUCCCUGCUCAAUAAUUCACAAACCAAAGAAAUCAGUGGGAGUUGACUCAGACCAACACUGCACUGCUGUAUGAGGAAUCAGUUCAUCAAAGGCUGUAAGCAGCUGAAAAGCUAUUACUGUUCCUGCUACCACUGCCUUAUGUUCUUAUUUCUACUAUCUCUACCUCCCAUUACAUAUGGUUUGGCUUGAAAACAAUCCACAAAAUAGUUCAUGUUGCUAAUGAGAAAUACAAAGAUUUUGAAUUAUUCUCAGCUGAACAAGCUUUUCUGUCCUGUUGACUGGCAGAUAAUAGAAGACAGCAGUUGACUUGCCUUGGCACUUAUAAACCACAUGACUGGAUCUAGUGUUGCUUCCAUCAUAUUCAGCAUGGACUAAGAAAGUUCAUCCUUUUUGUGUGGCAGUAGACUUGCAGGUUUGGGCAUGAAAUGGAUCUAAAGGAAGACCCUUGCUCCUUAGGGAGAACCAGAAACACUUGCUCUGUGAGCAGCCUGAAUGGAAGUGCAACCAUUGAUUUGUGAAUGAGGAAAUUCGCUAUCAAUCAUACCAAGAGCAAAGAUGGCUUAGCUUCCUUUUCUUCAAAAUAUCUAUUUGUACUGUAGAGUAUUUUUGGUAACCCCAGUGCAGCAGGUAUUUUUAAUUAACUGAUCACUGUUUUAAAAUGGGAAUUAUCUUUUUUUAAAAAAAUAUGCUGGUGUUUUAGAAAUAUUAUUGGGUAACUGAUUGUUAAACAAUAUUUGAGAAAUGCAGUCUGUCUUUUUUUCCCCAACAUUAUUGCUCUUCAGCACUGCAACAUUGCUAUGCCACAAGCUGCAGAAGCAGAAAUUAAACAAGGGCUCCACAUGGCUUUCAUAACAGUCUUCCAUAAUAUUUUUCUCAUAACCAAGAAAUCUCUAAAUGUUUUCUCUCAAAUUUGAACUAGUCAGUGUAGUAUCCAACAAUGUUAAUUAAAAAUUAACUAGUCAGCUUUGAGGGGUGGAGAAGUUUAAUUAUUGGCUUAUUUUUCUCUGAUAUUGCUAUACCACAUUUCACUAUCAAGGAAAGAGGAACUAGGCUAAGUAAAUUGUAGAUGACUAAGUGCCUCUUGUGUGGAGAAAGAGAAGCUUUAAAGAAAAAACUUUUUUUUUUAAUAGCCCGUAAAAGAGUACAAUAAUGUUUUGCCAGUCUACUCUAGACAGGAUGACACAACAAUUCUAUUUUAUUGCAAGGAAAAAAAAUCCACAAAUCAGAUGAGGCAACAUGGAGGAGGACCUUACAAUGCAACAUUUCAGUUUCAGAUAACUUUAAUUGAAAUAUAUCAUUGAACUGCUGCAUAAUUUUGUGGGCAACAUUUUGUAAUUUUGAAAUAGCUGUCUGAGUUGGCCUAGCAGCUAUUCUCAGCCAGAAUUUGGAGUGAUUUGUGAAGAAUUCCUAGCUUAAGGUGGUUCAUUCCUAAUCAAAACAAGAAGAGUUGUAUAACUUCCAUCCAUCUGAAGAGGGUUCACAGUUCUUCAGUUUGUUUGUUCAGAGGUCUUGCUGAAUAUUGCCUUUUAUCUACAGUAGCCAGUGCACUGAGACUUUAGAGAAGCGAGAAUUCUCUGGGCUAGGAAGUGUAACACUUAGUUGGGAAACCACUUGUAGCUAUAAAGAGGCAAUAUUGUGGGGACUCUUCAGUCAAGUGACAUGAAAGUCUAUCUUGAAGUAGCUUUUUCUGGCUCUAGAAUAAAUGCACAAUAAUUCAUUCUUUAGCAGUUUUCAGUUUUACAAAGUGCUUUGUAAUUGUACUUAUUCACAACCAUUUUCUGACUGAAGAAACCAAUCCAUUUGAUUUGGUGUUUGAUUUGGAUAGGGAAAUUCCAGAUUACCACUUGGCAUUUCAGCUGAUGAUCUUGGCCUAGUCAGUUUAUUUACGUUGGCCUAAUUUACCAUGCAGGAUUGUUAUAAGGAUAAAAUGGGAACAACAAUACGUAGGAUACAAAUGAAAUAAAAAAAAUAAUGAGCAUUCCCCCUUUGGGAUUUUGCAGAUUGCGUUCUUCAGAGCUUGUCUUCUGCCAUUGAAAGGAAUGUUGGCAAGAGUUAUCUAUUAAUUUUCUAUUAAUAGAAAAUUUUAUUUAUUUAAAUUCUAUUUAUUCUAAUCUAUUAGUUUUCCUUAGUGUAGCUGUAGACAGAUAUUCUUAAUGGAGUUAGCACUGGGCUUCCUCAUUCAUUGACAUAAGAAAUCAUUAUUCAGGUCUGACUCUUUCCCUGCUUUACGUAUGCUGCCUCUAUUUCUUUGUUUUCAAAGUCUGCUAGCUGCCAGUUUUUCUGACCAGUCACUAUUGCAUGACAAUACUAUGCCAAAUGCAGCCAUUUGUUUUAAUAUAAUAAAUGUAAUAAAUGCUUAUUUUCCCAGCAAGCAAAUAACUUACUCAGGUUCUUUACUGGCUUGGUAGUAGAUAAUACUGACCAAAAGUGACUUCUGUAGCAAUAUUUUUUGUGAUUCCUUUCAACUUCCUAUAUAGAAAGGCAGAAAACAUUUGAAAAUAAAACACUGCAAUGAUGUCAGUAUACUGGUGCUAAAUAAUCUGCAGAGUCCCAACUGAAUUUAUGGUAUAGUGGUUCCAAGUUGUAGGUUGAGUAACACUGCAUUAUUUCAAUUACUGUAUUUUUCAUAGUUGAAUUUGUCUCAAUUUUUUCUUCAGAUAAUUUGUAUAUAUAUUCUACUACAGAAAGUGACAUAUUUACUCUUGACUUUUUAUUACUUCCUAAACAUUAACAGUGUAGUCCUAGGUGGGUCAACUAAGAAUUAUUACAGUAAAAACAAAGUAGACAAUAUUUCCAAACAUUUUAACAGAGCAAUUCUGAGAGAAUGCUGAAUUUGUAUACUACACUAAGCCAGCACACCAAUCAAAACACAUUGUGACUUAACAUGGUGUGUGAAUUCAGCAAUGGAUUUGAAUUUAUUGGACUCAGAGCCUUAGAAAUAUUAGUGGGUGUCCAUAGGGGGAUACAUAUGAUGGCUCAUGAUGUAAUUAUGCAAAUGCUGCAACUUAUCUACUUGCAAUAAAUGUGACACAAAUAUGUAACUCUGUAAUUUUAAUGUCAUAGCAGUUUGUUCUGGGUACCGCUGAAUCUUAAUGUACUGCAAGAUAUCUGCAUUUGGUUGGCAUGCUAGCUUCAGUUUAGUGUAAUGCUUUUCAAAUUUGGCAACUUAAGAUGUGUGGACUUCAGCUCCCAUAAUUCCCCAGCCAGCAUGAAGUCCACACAUCUUAAAUUUGCCAAGUUUGAAAACCACUGGUUUAGUGGGACAUGGCAGAACUUGGCUUUUUUCCAGGCUUGUCUGCCACUUUCUAUGCAGACAUGAAGUUUUCACCUACAUGUUUGUUUAAUCAGUGACAUGUGUUCCAAACUAUAGUUAGCAUUAACAAUGGUAGAAUAACCUGUUUCAUGGAAAUAAACGCUUCACAGUUUUUUCAGUCUGUGAAAUAGAAGGCUAAUCAUUUAUGUUUUGCUAAACCCCAGUUCAGUGUUAAUCAGAGUGAAGUCAAUGUCAUAGUCUGGCCCAUAGCCUAGAAAUUACUACUGAGAAAAAUGUUAAAGCACAACUAUCUCUUGCAAGAGCAUGUGAAAUUCAUUCUGCCUUUAGCACAUACAACAUGAUUGCUUUGUUUAUUUAGCUGUAAAUAGAUAUCAAAUCUAGGGAGUAAUUAAGGUCAACAGUGUAAUACAGGGCAGCUGGCCAGAUUUUUUUUUUCAUUUUUUUGGGGUGGGGAGGUGUUAUCAAUUGGUAUCUGACAACAAAAUCCAGAGGCCUUAGUUUAGACUCCUAAUUGCACUGUAUUUUCAGUAAUAAUGAAUCUUUCUUCAAACAACAUGUGGCCAAUCAGAUUGGAAAAGAGUGCCUUAGUUGCUAUGGGCGCUUCUCUUCUGAUGGUAGACUCCUAGCUUAGUUUAGGUGUUAAUCAUAUAUUUUUCUUUUUAGUCUGUGAAAUUUCUGAGGCUAAAGAUUCUUGAUACAUUUUCCAGCUGCAUUUGUUAGGCAUCAAGCUCCUAAUGACAGUGAAGAAGGUAAACACUGCCUACCUUCUGACUACCCAGAUAUACAAAUUAUACUUCAGUUUUGGAAAUAGCUAAGAAGUGAUAAGGUUUUUUUCCCAACAGAGUGUGUCCUAUAGAGUGGGAGGGCUGACAUGGCUAAGAAGCUUGCAGGAAGAAAUUGAAGAGGAAAAAUUGCUAGCAAGCAAAGAUGGACUAAAGCAGUCUUUGACUGCUGAAGAGAAGCAAGUUCCGGGGUAUUCAAGACCGCCAAAGACUUAGCAUAGGGACUGCUAUUCAAGGAGGGUGAUGCAGUAUGGAAUCUGGCUAUUCCGGAUAGAUAUCCAGGGGUAGAAGUGGAACCAAAGACACAAGAAAUGGGAUCCAGGUUUUGCUAACCAUGAGAUUGUCAGCUAAGUAUAAUUUAAGCCUCUGAUUAACUCUUUGGGGAAUUUAGUAACAGUUUAGGGAAGGCACACAAAUAUUUUAGCAGAGCAGUAUAAUUGCUGGCAGAGUGAUGAUUAACUUCCAGUUGUAGAGCAGUUGGAUCAGAAAAUAAUGUAUUACACUCAAAUCUCCUUUGGGGCAAAUGCCAGGAACAGAGAGAGAAACUGUUGUCUUUUCAUCCUUGUUAUGCUAAAAAUUAAAAAAUCUAAGUUUCACAAGAAAGUUCUUGUAUGCUGUAUUUUGUAUAAUCAAUCCUGAGAACUCAUGACACCCUUGUAUGAAAUGCUUGAAUGCUUAUUUUGAGUCCUUCCGAUUAUAUAUGCAUUUAGGAUUGCCAGAGAGAAUUACAGGAGCAGGUAAAAACAAUUAUCAACUGGUUUUAUAUUGGCCAUAAGUAGAGGUAACCCUAAAUACAUUAUUUGAACCGUGUUGUUUUUGUUAACAGCUAUCUGUGGGAAUGGAAUUUUUGCUCAGAGCACCAGAGGGUGACUCCCUGAUGCCGUCCAAACAAAAAUUCAGCAUCCACUGCGGUAGUUACCACUGGUACUUUUUUUAAAUGACAGCAAUUCAAGUGAUGCAAUUGUUUUACUUUAUUUUUGACUUCCUUGAGUUUACAGAGCUGUGCAGCCAAAACUCUUUUGAGGAAAAUGAUUAUUUAAAAAAUAAAACAAUUUAAAAUAAUUCAUAUGGUCAGUUAUAGCAAGGAAAAGAUUCUCCAGAGUUUUUCAGGACUAGAAAUUAAUCACCUUGGCUAAGUUAGCACAUUCUGAACCAUAAACCAGCCAAACACUUUUUAGUCUAUUAUGUUGUAUGAACCCAGGCCUAGUAAAUUGUAAGUUGAAUAGUUUAAGAGUUAACUGACACUGCUUUCCCUAUUUUAAGUUUCAUUUGCUUAGCAUGUACUGUAAGUUAAUUCAUCUGGAAUAAAUACUAGACACCAUAAAGUCCUUAUUUCAGCUAUCAGCAUGCAUUAAAAGUACGUUUUUCAUUCCUUAUCUAUCCUGUGAGUACGAUUUAAAUUACAAGGCUCUGUUAAACAACAAAAUGAAAAUGAACAAUCUAACUCCUCUAGGGAAGAUGACAAGAGAUUCACAGAGUUGGGAGAAACUGAAAAAUCAAGAUCAGCUGCUUGGUGCAGGCUGUCAGGCACACUGCUAUCCAACAUCUGCUUAAAGACCUCCAGUGAACAUUCCACUUUACGCUGGUAACCAGCAUAAAUAGGACAUUUCCACCCAAUCCUAAUCUGAAUCUACUUCUCUGUAAUUUCAACUCAUUGGUUCUGGUUCUGCCCUCUGGGAUGACAUAGAACAAGUCCAC